AUGUCAUCCUUCGAAGCGUUCCCCUCGUUCCACACUUGUCGCCUCGACUUCUCGCUCACCUCGCUGCCCUCCCUGCCCUCGUACCAACUCGCCCUCGUCCCGUUCCGCCUCGACGCGUCCGUCGCACAGAAGGCCGAGGCGCAGCGUCUGUGGUGGGAGCGCCGCGUGCAGGUCGAGUCGGAAGGGAGCGUCGAGUUUGGCGUGAACGAGCAGCAGGCGAUCUUGCGGCAGCUUGAGGAGGCGGAUACCAAGUUGAGGAUAGUCAAGGCCAAAGGGGAGGGAAUGAAGAGUGUCGAAGUGCAGACGGACAAGGUCCACGAGGGCGAAGACACGCGCAAGGGGAAGAGGAAGCAGAGGGAGGACGACGACGAGGAGCAGGCCCACGCCGAGAGGCGUCGUCCCGCUCCGAGUGCAUCGACGCUCUCCGCUCGCCUCGACAAGCCCGCUGCCGCCGCUUCUGCGUCGCCGUCUCGCUCGCUGAGGGAGAGGCUCACCCCUCCUCAGUCCGAGUCGCCUCCUCCCGAGGUCGCCGCGCCCCCUGGUCCUCACUUCGACUUCUUGGGUCCUGCCGGGCCUCCUUGCCCUCCCGACUUGCACAAGCAAUUUUCGAUCGUCCGCAUGACCAACCUCCCUGGGCACAUCACACCGCUUCUCCUCCUCGAGUUCAUGAAGCGCCGCAGCCGCAACCCGUUCCCGCGCCCGCUCGCCAUGCGCAAGGCCAACUCGUCCGGCGCCUUCCUCGUCGCUUUCCGCUCGCUCGAAGCAGCCGAGACGGCUCUCAAGCGCCUCAACGACCAGACCCUCCCGCUCGUCAAGUGCAAGAUUCGCGCGUCAGUCCAGCCGAACAACAUGACCGAGUUCCGCUCCGGCUCACUCUCGGACGAAGUCGAGCGCGAGUGGAAGAAGAACGCUCGUCUCCCCGACACCGAGUGGAUCGGCAUGUCGCGCCCGCCUGGCAAGGGCGUCAAGGUCUCGAAGGGCUACCAGGCCGAGUUUGAGCGCAUCGACAAGCUCGAAAAGCAGCGCAAGGAGGAGCAGAAGCGCAAGGUCGACGAGGCCAAGAGGCAGCGCGAGGCGGAGGAGCAGCGUCUCGCCGAGCAGCGCCGCCAGCAGCAGGCUCGUCUCGACGAGGAGCGCCGCACCGCGUACUGGAGGACCGCCCUCGACCCGCGCACGGACGAUACCUACUGCUUCGAGUGCCAGGCGGAGCCGCGCGACUGCGACUGCGGCAGGUUCACGUGGGACGGGUUUCGCAGGCAGUACGUCGUGGGACCGGUUUCGCAGGCAGUACGUAAGGCGGAUCUGAUGGUGUUGAGGAGGUUGAAACUCGCUUGA